AAUUGGAUUAUUGUGGUAUUCCUUCCUUUUUCAUUUAAAUGUAACACAAAUAAAACACCCACCGUCCUUUGCGACAGACACACCAACAUGGCAGCUUUGUGCAAGGUCGUGUCAGGUCUGAGGACUGGCGCAUGUGUGUUUCCAAAACGAGCAAUUGAUAUUUGCAAGUCCUUAUUCAGCACAGAUAGCGGGGAGACAUCGGAAGGAAAAGCGGUGGAAGAAACGCAAAAACCAGCAGCCGACAAGGGGAAAAGUGGCUUCGCUGCAGCAUAUGAACAACACACAGACCUUCAGCAGAGACAAAAUCAGACGGGAACUACUGUCAGACUUGGGUCAACAAGAAAUGAAAAAUCAUUUGCGUCAUUGCUACGAAAUUCUCCUCUCAUGCAGAUGGGACCAGCAAAGGACAAAAUGGUAAUCGGGAAGAUCUUUCACAUAAUCAAAGACGAUUUAUACAUUGACUUUGGUGCCAAGUUCCAUUGUGUAUGUAAACGACCGACAGUGGAUGGAGAGAAGUACCAGAGGGGGAGCAGGGUACGUCUGCGUCUUGAGGACCUCGAGCUCACAUCUCGCUUCCUGGGUGCGAACACCGACACAACGCUACUAGAAGCAGAUGCCUUUCUUCUUGGACUGAUCGAGAGCAAGGACGCAAAGACCAAAGAGUAGAACAGCAUUGACUCCUCCGACCAAUAGACCUGCCCCAGCAGAGGACAGUUUUUCUUGAUGUCACUAUUCCCACAUUAUUGGCAUUUGUCACAGAGCUUGAACAAUAAAUGUAUCCAAAUGUAAUGUUUGUUUCAUCUUGAGAAAUCUGCUACAUCCAUGUUAAAAUGUCAUUUAAUUUACCCUGGAAGAGUCAUUAAAUGCCUCAUGCUUAGUAACAGUCAUGUAUAAUCAUAACCCAAAAUAAGGUUGUAGCUUUCAAAUGUUUAAUCAAGAUCUCAUGGACUGUUAAUCCUUGCAUGUCAAUGUUUGAAUAUGAAAGUGGUUACAUUUCUCCAGUACCAUCCUACCUCUCAGCAAAUCAAGUGUUGGGGUAGCACUUGAUCAUGACUCUUACAUUCCAUUACACUAUACUAUAAGUCAUUGGACGGAGGUGUCUUCUGUAGGGGAGAGUUCUUUAAAGAUCCCACACGCUCGGUCUGAACAUUAACAUGCAUCUCUUGCGGUAUGGUUUUGGAAGCAAAAGGACCUUAUUUAUCGUUGAUAUGAAAGGUAAAUAAAAGGUUAUUCAUACACA